AUGGAUGACUACAGAAGAACUAUUAGAAUCAAAGAAGGCACAAUCACAGCAGGAUUCCCGUUCAAUGAAAACGUUGGCAAACUCAAGGACAACUUCAACAUUGCCUUUCGCCGGCUGCAGGCUCUCCUUCGGACACUACGAAGCGACGACAAAAAGCUGCAGCUCUACAACAGCACCAUUGAAGACUACAUCAAAGAAGGAAUCAUCGAGGAAUGUACUCUACAACCAGCAGGAGUAACAUCCUUCUACCUUCCACAUCGACACCACAUUGAAGAGCAGGAUACUCCGAUUACAAAGGAACUAUCUAAGUCUCUCUACGUUGACAAUGUGUUGUUAGAAGGCAACAACCCGCAAGAGCUUAUAGAGAAAUACAUUGCUUCAAAAGAGCUCUUCUCUUCUAUCGGAAUGAACCUCCGCGACUACUUGUCAGACUAA